AUGUAUACAUUUUCCUUCGUCAUCCUUCUGUGUGUACUAUGUUGCAAUCUAGUACUGUGUGACUUUGAACAACAACCGAAAAUAUUCAUUGAAGAUGAUGGCAACCUCAUUUUGGAGGCGGUUUAUGAUAAAGAUAUUGUAUUUUCUUUAUCGCCAAACUCUGCUCUGAAUAUAAAUGAUGUCAAUUUAAUGGAAAUUUUGAAUGCUCUUCAAGAAAACAAUACACAGGUAGAAGCAAAUAGCAUGGUUUCGACAGACGAAUUGACUAAGCAGUUAAAUGCCUUUAAACGGGACUUACGCGGUUUAGAAAGAAGGCUUAGAAAUUAUGUAAAUAGAACACGGUUUAACAAGUUAAGACGAGACUUGCGAUCCGGUUUAUUUAAAAUCCGACAACUACAGGGCCGCAUUGAAUCGAUCGAAAGAGAUGCUAGAAUAGAUGAGUGCACUGUCAAUAAUACGAUUCCAUGUAAAAAUGGUGGCUCCUGCUAUGAUCAAUUCAAUGAUUUCAUUUGCUUAUGCACAGAAGGAUGGGUGGGAAAAACUUGUGAUAGUGACGUUGAUGAGUGUGCUCAAUUCAACAAUACUGAUCUAGGAUGCCAAAAUAAUGGACGAUGUAUUAAUACUCCAGGAAGUUAUCGUUGUGAGUGUGCUGCUGGUUUUUCUGGUAUUCACUGCCGUCUUCGUGAGAUGAUUUGUGAAAAAUAUAAUGGAGACGAACUCUGCGGCCAUGGCACAUGUGUGAGCGCCAAUAAUAUACAUAACUACACUUGCAUUUGCGAUGUUGGCUGGACAUAUACAAAUUCUUCUCCAGCAUGUGUAAUCGAUAUUAACGAAUGUGAGCUUCACACUAAUCCUUGCCAUAGUGAGUGUAUUAAUAUGCCAGGUAGUUUUAAAUGUGGUCCAUGUCCAAAUGGAUACACUGGAAAUGGCAUUACUUGUCUUGACCUGAAUGAGUGCGCUAUCGAUAAUGGUGGUUGCAGUUUAAUACCGAAAGUAAACUGUAUAAAUACUGAGGGAUCAUAUCACUGUGGCAAUUGUCCAGAAGGUUGGUUGGGUGAUGGUCAUAUUUGUAUACCGGCUCCUUCCAAUGAUUGUAGUUCAGAAAAUAUUUGUCAUCCUAAAGCAAAAUGUGAGUAUAUAUCGGAUACAGUGGUUUGCACUUGUUCAGUCGGUUUGUCUGGUCACGGUUUUGGGGAAAAUGGUUGUAAAUCGGAAAUAGCCACACAUCCAUGUGAGAAUCAUGAAUGUAAGAAUAACGGAACAUGUGAAGUGAAUGGUGAGGGCACUCGUUGUAUAUGUCCUGAAGGCUAUAUGGGUGCUACAUGUGAAAAAAAUGACGCAUGCCAUCCAAAUCCAUGUUCAAAUGGUGGUAGUUGUAAGUUGGCUCCGAAAAAUAAGUAUCGUUGUGCAUGUCAACGUGGCACUACAGGAAAAAACUGUGAAAUACAACGUGAAAUUUGCGGUUCCGUUUUGAGACAAGAAACAGGAGAAGUGAUCUAUCCACCAGAGGGUGGUAACUACGAAAAUAGAGAACGUUGCGCAUGGAUCAUACGUACCACAACUAAUAAAAUUCUCAAUAUAACUUUCAGUAAAUUUGAUUUGCAAACGUCGCUUGACUGCAGCAAAGAUUUUCUGCAAAUACACGAUGGUCGUUCACUCAGUGCGCAGCUUGUGGGACGCUUCUGUGGAAGCGAUUUGCCUCGCGGCGGUACCAUUAUAACUUCUCAUCAAGAAGUAUUUUUUUGGUUUCGUACGGAUAAUGAAACUACUUCAACUGGCUUUAAAUUUUCGUGGGUAUCACAGCCUCACACAUGUGGUGGUCAAUUUGAAUUGGGUAUGGGUAACAGCGAUGUAAUAAAGUCUCCAGGCUAUCCCGGAAAGACACCUAUUAACCGUGAAUGUGAAUGGGAGUUGGAAGCGAGUUUUGGUUAUCGAUUUGUAUUGCGCUUUUAUGAAAUUAAUCUUGGUGGUGAUUCUAAUUGUACACAAGAUACGCUAAAGAUUUACGACUCAGAUCGCCUCGUGAAAACUUUCUGCGAGUCUGAAAAACCUGCUCCUUUCUAUACAUCUUCAAAUAUAAUUAGCAUACAUUUCCACACAGAUGCUUUUCGAGAAGACAGUUCAUUUCAAUUACAUUAUGAGGUGAUACCAAGUUCACCGAACUGUGGUGGAAUUUUCACUGAGCCAAGAGCUACCAUCGGCGGCCACAUAAAUGCAGAAAUUUGUCUUUAUCUAAUACAGCAGCCCCCAGGUACUAAAAUAAAACUAGAAAUUUUAAAUUAUAAUUUAUUGGAUAGCGAUGAUUGUGAUUUGCAAAAAGUUGAAAUUUUUAAUGGAAAAACUGACGAAUAUCCAUUGGAGAAACGAAUAUGUGGUGAUUUCAAGUCAGUGAGUCCGAUUAUAUCGGAGGGAAAUUACUUGCUUAUACGGUAUGAGUACGCGGUUGUAGGCUUAAAAAUUGACACAUUGUCUUUUGAAGCAAGAUAUAGUCGGAUUUGUGAGGACAAAUUUUUCGGUCCUGAUGAUGGAAUUUUUAUGACACCCAAUUAUCCUAACCCCUAUUUUGAUCAUAUGACUUGUACAUAUGACAUUUAUGGUCCAUUGGGGAGUGUGAUCCAUAUUAAGUUUGCAGAUUUUCAAAUAUCUGAAAGUGUGCCAACGCUUCUGGAUGAAGAUGGCCACAAUGUGAAAUUGAAGCAACUUAACGACAGUGAUGUUGAUGAAAAUCUUAAUUUUGUUGAGGUUUAUCUAUCUAAGAUAAGUAAACGUCGAUUUUAUAAGAAUGCUACUCCAGAACCAUUGGUAUCCAGCCAAAAUCACUUGCGUAUUAUUUUCAAAACGGCAGAAAAUAGUCGUAGGGCGAGAGGAUUAAAAAUAGAAUAUUCUUUUGAAACUGUGCGUUGUGGUGGAAUUUUCACGGAAUCACGUAACAGUUACGAAAGCAACGAGAAGCUCAGUGACGUCUCUUAUUGUGAAUGGAUUAUUGAAGCACCAGAAAAUAAACACAUAUCUUUGACUCUAACCUACACACCACCACAAAAUGCCAAUAACUUCAGUCUUUCCUUGCAUUCAAAACUACCUGAUACCAAAGACGAAAAGCUUCUGGCUAGUUACUCUCAAAAUAUUUAUUUGAAUGAAGUGUUUCACACGAGUGUAUUGACAAUAAAGUCUGUUAAUGGCUUAACUAAUUCUUCUGACUACUUUCCGGCGUAUAUAUCUUUCAAUUAUACUUUAGUGGAUAGUGCGGAAAACUGUGGUGGAAAUUUCAGUACAAGGUUCGGUGUACUUACGUCACCUGGUUGGCCAAUGCCUUACGGUAAUGACUUGGAUUGUGUAUGGAUUAUAAUGGCGCCACUCGGUCACACAAUAGAACUUGUGCCUAAGGAAUUCGGUUUGGAGCAAGUUUCGACUGUAUGCGAUGAUGAUUUCUUAGAGAUAAGACAAUUCGUAUAA